GUUAUCUUGCUGCUGCCUCGCUGCAUGCGGCUCGGACUCCAAUCAGGGCACUUAACCCCCACGGGAACGGACUGCUUUCAUGUGCUACAUCAACCACGAAACGUAAUACCCAGCUACUAUAGAGCCAGAGCACACUUCACUUUACUUCUUCUACGGCUCUUUCAAAAUGAGACACCGCCAUGAUGGAGAUAACUCGGAGGAGCACCACAAGUGCCGCUUCCACUACGGAACCCUCCGCUUCCCCCCCCCCCCCAAUCGUCAGCAACGAUGUUGAGUACUACGGCGGUUCCCUGCGGCACUUCUCUGUCACAACCGUUAUGACCUUCUCCCUCGAGGAUGCGGGGCCGCUGGGCAACGUGGUGAUGAGUUGUAGCGAAGAGCUGCAGGAAUGGUUGCUGGUGGCGCGUCCGGUUCCCGCCGAGGAGGCGGAGAGCAAAGGCGGGUGCGUAAAACUGCUGUCUCUGCAUGCAGACCCUUGAAUGUCAAGGUUGGCUUUUCUUUUUUUUCGUGGUUUGUUGUUUCCCUUGCACUGCCGUCUCCGGCACACUCUCCUCUUCAUCCCCUGCUUCUCCUUGUUUGUCUUGUAUGGUUCCUUCAUGAAACCCUACCACGUAAAUGUCGACGUCGAACCUGUACUUUUCAGUCGUCCAUCCGAGGAGAGCAACGCGCGCAGUGCAGGUGCGUUCUUCUUCUUUACGCUUUUCAUCUACGUGAUAUGCAUCCUCCUCACUCGCCAACACACACACCAUUCACUUUCACUGCCAUCUCCGUCAAAAGACCCUCUACCCCUCCAAAGAGAAACGAAACGCACGUGUACGCGCCCCAUCGUAGCCGCGUAAUCAUGUUCGCUGCCACUGCAAUGACCCCGCAGGAGCGUAGAAAGAUUGCGCUGGAGAUGACUCGGCUGCGCAUCGCUCGUUACUCUUCCCGGGGCCACCGCGCUCGUCGACCGCCGCCGGCGCUUCCGUGCAACGUCACCGCAAAGGCGUUCGCAGACGUGACGGUGCCGAUGGGCGUCGUUGCCGUGACGGAGGCAGAGGACUUCGCGAGGUGGUUGCUGGUGGCACGUCCCGUGUCGCAGAAGGAGGCGGAGACGAAGGGAGGGUGCAUCAUGUACGUCCCCCCGGCGGGCACCUCACAGAAUUCCUCCUCCUCAUCGUCUGCGAAGCCGCGGUACUUCUGCAUCAUGGACACCGACGAUGAGGUGUACGGCCGCGCUGUGUACCUGCCCCGCCCUUGUGGAACGCAUGAAGAGAAGCCGUAG